AUGGUGUUGAACCAAGACCAGCAAUACAACGCCGUGCCGCCAAUACCGACCUACGAUGAGGCCGUCGCGGGCGGCAGCGCCUGGCAUCAUGAUAUCGCACACUCGCCCAUCGAAGUUUCUCGACCAAUAACCGAAGCAGAAGCUGAAGGGCAGUCAUUGUUAACAAACCCCCGACAUGCCUUCGAGUCUUCCAACACCAACUCCCAACAUCCCCGAGGCCGAGCCCCACGAGGUUACCGCCCCCCUACGGUCGAGACCGACGACGAGAGCAACCUGUUCAGCUCCGACGCCGACUCCGAUUCCGACGACGAGCGCGAGGCAGAUCAAGUGCGGCGGGAGAUGCAAGAGCUGGAGAUAGAUGACUCGAAUGCCAGCGGUCGGAGUCGAUCGUCAUGGGGCAAGCGCAUCGGGCUGAGUCUCUCGCUACCGCAGUGGCGCUGGAAGUGGAAGUGGCGAUUACCAGGCCUACCACGGCGACGAAACGGCAGCGGGAGUGGGAGCGGAGCGAACGACCAAACACCCAGCAGGACGCAAGAGGGACAGGCGCCCGAGCCCUGGCUUUUCCAACCGCCGUCCCUCCCCACAUUCGGCAGCGCGGCGCUCUUCCUCCUCGUGGGGCGGGUCCUUGCCGCGGUCCUCGUGCUGGGAUUCUUAUACCUGCUGUUUGCGAGCGACCUGUUCAGUAAUAUGGCGCGGCGGAUGGGCAGCCAAAUGUUUGACCCCGAGAGCGUGCGCAUCCACGUCCAGGGCAGCGUCGACCCGCGGAGGAUACGCGAUCACCUGAGACAUUUCACGGCUUAUGCCCAUCUCGCCGGGACUGAGGGCGAUUUCGCACUGAUGGAGGAUACGGAGAUGUUGUUUCGAAAGUACGGGCUGGAGGAUGUCACGCGGGACGUGUACGAGGUGUAUCUGAAUUAUCCCAAGGCUGGCGGGAGGGCGGUGGAGAUUCUCGGGGUCGAUGGGAAGGCGACUUGGUCCGCAAGGUUGGAGGAGGAGGAUGCCGGAGGGAGGACGACCGGACACCAGACCUAUGUCUUUCAUGGACAUUCAAAGUCAGGAGUGGUUCAGGGCCCGCUUGUCUACGCAAACUAUGGCUCGAGGGAGGAUUUCCAGACGCUGAAGGACCUCGGUAUCGACACGAAGGGGGCGAUUGCAUUAGUGAGGCAUUACGGCUCGCUAGAUGACAUCGCGUUGAAGGUCAAGGCGGCCGAGGUGGCGGGAUUUGCGGGGUGUCUCAUUUAUAACGAUCCCGCCGAUAACGGCUUCUUGAAGGGAACAACGGCGCCAGAAGGUCGGUUCAUGCCCGCCGACGGCGUCCACCGAGGAACCGUGAGCUUGAUGAGGUGGGUCGCCGGAGACGUCUUGACACCGGGCUGGGGCAGCAAGCCCAACAUGCCGCGGAUGAAGGUCGACCAGACGAAAGGACUUGUCAGGAUUCCCAGUCUACCCUUGGCAUAUCGCGACGCUCAGAUUCUGCUUCAGCAUCUCAAGGGGAUCGGUUCAAAGGUUCCGAAACAAUGGGUUGGCGGUGUUCCUGAAAUUGACGAAUGGUGGACGGGGAGCAGCUUUUCGCCCAUCGUUCGGUUGAAGAACGAGCAGGACGAGAUCGAGAAGCAGCCGAUUUGGAACGUCUACGGCAGGAUUACCGGCAUUGAACAGGGAGAAAAAAAGGUCAUUAUCGGCAAUCACCGUGAUUCUUGGGCGUUUGGCGCGGCUGGCCCUCACUCGGGAACAGCCGUCAUGAUGGAGAUUAUUCGGGUCCUGGGCGAUCUAGUGGCCCGCGGCUGGCGACCACUUCGCACCAUUGAGUUUGCGUCGUGGGAUGGCAAGGAGUAUAAUCUGAUUGGGUCCACCGAGUACGUCGAGCAGAACGACGAAGCGUUACGCCAGGAUGCUCUCGCCUACAUCAAUCUCGACACAGCCGUGACCGGCGACACAUUUCAUGCCGCCGGCUCGCCAGUCUUCCGCAAGCUGCUUCUUCAAGUCCUGAAUCGCGUAGCCGAUCCACAUUACAACACUACCCUGCGCAACCUAUGGGACCGGCGAGGGGCAGACCUUGAAAGCCUUGGCGCGGACUCGGAUUACGUCGGCUUCCAGGACAUCGUCGGUACCUCGUCCCUCGACCUGCGCUUCGAAGGUGACAGGCACCCUUCGCACUCGAGCUACGAGAACUUCGAGUGGAUGGAAACAGUAGGCGACCCGGGCUUCGUCUACCACACGCUUCUCGGCCAAAUGCUGGGCCUCCUGAUCCUCGAACUCGCCGACCGCCCCAUUCUGCCCUUCGACAUGACCAGCUACGCCGACAAGCUCACACACUGGGUCACGGAUCUCGAGACGUGGGCGGCAAAACAAGCCAAGGACCAGCCGCUGUCCCUGGACACCCUCCGCAAAGCAGCCAGCGACGCGGCCGAGACACUGCGCGUGAUCUCGCGCUGGGAGCUCGAGUGGGAGAAGAAAGUGCUCUCGACCAGCGGGUGGGAGUCACCCGGUCUAGGGCGGCAGAGAUGCGAGUAUAACACGGGCAUGGCUAAGUUUGAGACGGAUUUGCUUGAUGAAGCCGGGAUACCCGGCCGCACGCAGUUCAAGCACGUCAUCUUUGGCCCACUUCUCUGGUCCGAUGACACCGAGGCUUACUUCCCCUCCAUCCGGGACACGGUUUUCUCGGGCAACUGGACGCUCGCGCAGCUCACUGUGGAUAGAGUCGCUGGGGUGUUGAACCAGGCGGCUGCUAAUCUGGGCAAGUGA